AUGCGUCCCUCAUCAUACCUUGCGGCCCUUGUUGCCCUGACCGACUUCUCUUCGGCAAACCCCAACGGCUGGUCCAAGACCAAAGAGGCGGCGGACAGUCCCACGAAGCUCGACGACUGCGGGUGCUGGCCUAUCUAUCAGGCUAUGCUGCGGUGCCAAAAGCUGAAAGGCCCCAAUGCCGACACCAGGGAGUGCGUGUGCAUCCCCAACCCAGACGGCUGGUAUCCGUCGAUGGAUGGCUGCCGCAUGUGCCUGUCGUCUGGGUCGGAUAAUGAAUUCUUCGACAACAUGGCUCGCCUCGUCACGCAGUUGUUUGUCUCGUGCACUAACGCGGGCGGUGGCGUUACCAGUGAUGGUGUGAGCAUCUGCGCCAGCAACUACUACCGCGAGGCGUGCGUAUCUCUUGGCACGGGUGGCCGCGCCAGCUGGGCCAGCUUUGAGGAGUUUGAGUCGGACACCAAGGGAAAUUCGUCGUAUGUGCUGGACAUUGACGAGUAUGGCGCCGAUGAGGACACGUCUACUUCGAAAAAGAGUACGGCUGCAAAGACAACGGCCGUGGAGACGGCUACUGAUUCCGUCAGCGCUACGGAGACUUCGAGCACUGUGACGAGCACUGCUACGAGUACUGGGGAGCCUUCUUCUACUGGCAGCUCCACGACGGAGGACGCCUCGGGAACAGAGUCAGGUGUUGCAUCGGCUACGACGACCCCAUCCUCAGCUAUCAAGGUUGCGGAUGCUAGGAUAGUAGCAGUUAUUGGGGGGGUAAUGGCCGUGGCAUUCGGAACUGUGUUAUUUUAA